GUGCAGCUGGUGAUGUGACGGGCGUGGUCCAGCUGCCCCGAGCUGAUCGAAGAUGGAACAAUGCAAAGAGAAAAUUUGCCUGUCGUGAUUCAUCUCUAUAGAUUUAUUAUUUAUUGGUUUUGCAAAAUGCAAAGAAGCUGAGGUCGUCCUGCCGCCGAUCAAUCACACAGAUCACAUCUGACAAAAACAACGCACGCACCCUCAGGUGAGAGCAGUCGGUCGGGUUGGUGACGCCGCAGAGCAACCGUCAGGAAACGCUGCGGACCAGGUUUAUGACCAAAUUCUUUCUGCUGACGAAAGAGCAGCUUUCACUUUGGGCUAAUUUCAUUUGCGGUAGGAGACCUCCACAAGGUAAAUGGACAGAUCAGUCAACUCUUCCACCAACGCCUCUGCUUCCUCCGUCCAGCUCUCGAUCAGCUCCUGCCUGCAGUCCAGACGUAGUCAUUUCAUCUUCACGGCCUUCACCGUGGCCAACAUGCUCCUCCUGCCUCUCUUCGUCCUCGUCCUCUUCAUCGGCUGCCAGCGAUGGAGGAAGCAGCGCUCUGUUUCCACGGCAGCGAUGACAAGUCACUCUGACAUCUUCACCUAUAACCUGGUUGCCCUGGAGCUGAUCAGCUUCCUGGGGGCUUUCUUUUAUUGCAUUGGCAGCUUAACAGAUAAUGAAAGUGUGAUAUGGGCGGGGAUGGACAUGUUCUCCCUCAGCUCACCUGGACAGAAUCUGUUGCACCUCUUCACCUGUGUGGAACGCUACCUGGCUGUUGUUCACCCCAUCAAAUACCUGGGCCUGAAGCAGUCAGCAGGGGUCAGGGUCAGAAACAUCAGUACUGGGUGUGUUUGGCUGUUCUGCGCUGGAUUUCUGCUCGUAACCAAAGUUCUCAGCAGAACUGUCAGCGGCAUCACAUCUCCCUGUCUCCUGCUUGUCACCUUAAUUCUUGUCUCUUUCUGCAGCCUCUCUGUUCUCUGCGUUCUGAUUCGCCCAGGUCCUGGGACUGUGGGCGGGGCCCAGUCAAAGCAGAGGGCCUUCUGCAGCAUCGCAGCCAUAAUGGGAGUGCUGCUGCUGAGGUUUGUGGGAAUCCUGAUUGGCUUUGCGAUGUACUUGACGGAGCUGACCGACACCCUGUGUGUGGUGGGGACAUCUGCGAUCUGGCUGACUCUGCCCGGCAGUUUGGUGUUACCGCUGCUGUUUCUACACAGAGCGAGAAAAUCAGAUCGAAGCCUCUGUCAGUAAAACAGACCUGAUCUGAUCUGAUUAAAUAACGUGGAGUUUAACAUUUUCAACUUAGUCUAGAAAGGUAAAAAAAUAAAAUUUAAGUAAAUAUAUAUAUAUGUAUGUAUAUGUGAAAUAGGAAAUGUAUAUGUGAAAAUCGAUGGAAACUCUAAUGGACUCUGGUUCAUGGUGGUGGUAAAAUUCAAAGAAGCCUCAGGUUCUCACGUCCAGCUUGUGGAAAAAGUAGCAGCAGUUUUCACACGUAUGUGCGACUGUGUCAUGUUCCCCUCAGGAUGAACUGUUAAUGUUUCAUGCAGCGCCACCACCAGGUCGACAUGAACAUGGUAAAUGUUAUACCAGCUUAACAUCAUAAAAGUGAUCUGCCACCAAAGUUCUGUAUGUACAUUCACACAAUCUGCAUGAAACAAUUUGAAUAAGCACCUGUCUUUGUCCCCAGAUCAUUUGAAUCCUGUCAAACAUAAUGGACCGAUGACAUGAAGCACAGCUACUGGGAUGGAGCUGUGUCAACGCUGCUGCAGAGUCACAUGAAAUCCCGUGUUUGU